AUCCUACUAAAAAAGAAAAAGAAGAAAAAGAAGACGCGGGAACUGAGUUCGAGCGGAAACAACGAGCGGUCGUGUUUAUAACAUUUUAUAAACCGUUUUAGAAAGCUAUGUCUUGUAGAAGAGGGGCUUUAAUCGUGCUGGAGGGAGUGGACAAGGCUGGAAAAACCACACAGUGUAAGAAGCUAGUUCGUGCUCUGCAGCAGAGUGGGAGACCCGCUGAGAUGAUGAGAUUUCCUGACAGAACAACACAGAUUGGGCAGUUGAUCAGUUCAUACCUGGAGAAAAAGAACAACCUGGAGGACCACACCGUACACCUGCUCUUUUCUGCAAACCGCUGGGAGUUGGUGCCUCUAAUGAAGAAGAAGCUGGAGCAGGGAAUCACCCUGGUGGUGGAUCGCUAUGCUUUUUCUGGAGUGGCUUUCACCAGCGCCAAACCUGACUUCUCUCUGGAGUGGUGUAAGCAUCCUGAUGUGGGUCUGCCAAAGCCAGACCUUGUGAUGUUCCUGCAGCUGAACCCCAGCGUAGCAGCUGAACGUGGAGAGUUUGGAACGGAGCGAUACGAGACCAGCACUUUUCAGCGUACAGUGCAACAGAGGUUCGAACAACUUAUGAAGGACCCGUCAGUUAACUGGAAGGUGAUUGAUGCAGCCAGAAGCAUAGACAUAGUACACAGUGAUAUUAAAGUGCUGUGUGAGAACACAAUCAAUAUGUCUGAGAAUCUGCCAAUUGGAGAACUCUGGAAAUGAACAGUAAGGAGAUUUCCCAUGCAUAUAACAGCAUUUUUAAUCACAGUUGUUCUGUGCAUGGACAUUGCCUGGAAGUAACACUACUUCUUAAAGCCUCCUUUUUAUUAAAAGAAGUAGUCAUCAUUAUUUUAUGUGACCUUACCAUCCACUUAAUUGGGGACACCCAAUUCAUGCAGUUAUGCAAUCAGCCAUUCAUGUGGCAGUAGCACAAUACAUAAAAUCACACCUAUAACAUGUCAAGAGCUUCAGUUAAUGUUGUCUGUGGCAACCUCACGUUCACUCCUGUCAGCCAAGAACUGGAAUCUGAGGCUGUCAUGGGCACAGGCUCACCUAAACAGGACAGUUAAGACAGGUAUAAACUUCAACUGUUCCAUUUGGGUGAGCUUGUGCCCAUGACAGCCUCAGAUUCCUGUGCUUAAGACAGGAGUAAACCUGAUAUGGCCUUCUGCUGUUGUAGCUCAUUCACCUUAAUGUUUUGGUUCAGUGUUUUGUGCAUGCUGAGAUGGUUUUCUGCUCACCAUUCUGUGUAAACUCUAGAGUCUGUUGUAUGUGAAAAUCCCAGCUCAUCAUGAAAUACUCAAACCAGCCCAUCUGGUACAAACAACCAUGCCAUGUUCAGAGUCACAGAACACACUCAAUUCCCCCCCCCAUUCUGAUGUUUGAUGUGAACAGUAACUGCAGCCAUUGCCCUGUAUCUGCAUGAUUAUUUUUUUGCACUGUGUUGCUGCCACAUGAUUGGCUGAUUAGAUAACUGAAUGAAGGUACAGGUGUUCCUAAUAAAGUGGAUGGUGAGUAUAUUUUUAUUCUUUUUUUUUUUUUUUUAUUUUACAAGUGAUUAAAUAAAUAAUCUUAAAAUAAACUUGUGUACAGAUACUUUAAACAUUGAUAAAAUGUACUGUACUACACAAGCUAACCUACUUGGUCUGUAACUUUUACAUCUUGGUUUUCAUUUACAAUUUGCUACAGACAUCAAAGCAGUGUAGGUCAUGAGCAUACUCUGAGCAGCCGUGCUCCUGAUGACCACCAAAAGUGAGUUAUGGCAAAUCUGCAUUAGUGUAGGCGCAUAAAAAGGCACGGUCACUUUCUAACAAAAAGUGUUAAGACUCAUAAUGGAUACACGUUAAGUGUUAAUAUGAACAUACUGAGACUCCUCAGAGCCUGUGAUAAUGAUGACCUCUGACCUCAGGACUCAAAAUGACGCAGAGAGCAGUCAGUGUAGCAGGAAGGUGAGUUUUACACAGGUGACUAUGCCACCAAAUGCCAGGCAGGCCUCAUGUCAGUGGUAUUACUCCUCUCUGCGAGUGUGGCACUGAGCACAGUAUGAUGAACAAUCACUGGCUCUCAUCCUCACAAAGACAGGAUCUCAAACUCCUCAUCUUCAGAGUCAAAGAAACGCUCAAGCCGGUCCGAGUCUGAGAAAUCUGCAAAGCAUAAUUCAUCCAUACUCAAAACCUGGUCAUGCUCAAAAUCAGUAUCUUUACACUGUAGUUAUUCAUUUUACAUGAAUACAGUUGGGAAGGCAGCUAUUAUGCCACAAACAGAUGGGCUUACCAGGAGUGAGAUUAAUGGCUUCAGUGCUGAUUAGAUGUGAUGGCUGACUAUCUACAAGUUCGAACAUGGGAAGACCUCCUCUACAGCAGGAUAACUGCCGAAGAAGAAAAAGCGCUAUUUGACAGAAAGGCUCACAGAAAUAACCAACACUAGGCCUGAACACACAAUGCAUACUCACUUUUCGAAUAUGUGCACACCAAUCAUCAAAGUCGUCCUCUGUUUGACAGAAAAAUCCCUGAAACAAAAAAUUGAUCUGGCUUGAUCUUGCAGAGCUACAUACUGAAUAUUCUGAAGAAAUACUCCUGUCGUCAUCAAAGGUCACUGCAGUGACAUGCUAUGUCCAAAAUGACAUACGACCAUGACAAAAUAGUGGGCUUUGUUUUCUGCAUUUUCCAUGUGUUUCAUUAAUUAUUACAAAUAACAUUUCUCAUUAUAACAUACAGUGGCAAGAAAAAGUAUGUGUACCUUUUGGAAUUUCAUGGUUUUCUGAAUAAAUUUGUCAUAAAAUGUGAUCUGAUUUUCAUCUAAGUCAAGGGUAUUGACAAAUAUAAUGUGUCUAAAAUAAGAACAAAAAAAUUCUGAUCUUUCAUGUCUUUAUUGAGAACAACCCAAAAAACCUCAUAAUGCUUGUGGAAAAAGUAUGUGAACCCUUGAGUUAAUGACCUGAAAAAAGCUAACUGGAGUCAGGUUUUAGCACACCUGGAGUCUCGUUAAGAAAAUGAGUUUGGAGGUGUGGACUACAGCUGCUUUGACUGAUAAAAACCCCUCAAACUUUUGGAGUUUGCCCUGCACAAGAAGCACAUGCUUAUGUGAGCCAUGCCUCACCAAAAAGAGCUUUCAGAAGAUCUACGAUCAAGAAUUGUUGAUUCACAUAAAGCUGGCAAGGGUUACAAAGUGAUAUCAAAGACUUUAGAAACAGUUAGGAAAACAUUUUACAGAUGGAGACACUUUGGGACUGUUGCUACUCUACCAAGAAAUGGGCGCUCAGUCAAAAUGACACCAAGAGCACAACGAAGACUUAACGAGGUAAAGAAACAACCUCAAAUAACAGCCAAACAUUUGAAGGCAUCAUUAGAACUGGCUAACAUCUCUGUUCAUGAGUUUACAAUAUGUAAAACAUUGAACAAGCAGGGUAUCUACUGCAGGACACCACGAAGGGAGCCACUGCUUACUAAAAAGAACAUUGAUGCAUGCCUGAAGUUUGCAAAAGAGCACAUUGACAAUCCACAGCGGUAUUGGUAAAAUGUUUUGUGGACUAAGAUUGAUGAAACUAAGAUUGAACUAUUUGGAAAAACCACACAGCACGGCAUAUCAUCAUGAAAACAUCAUCCCAACCGUAAAGUAUGGUGGAGGAAACAUCAUGACUUGGGCCUGCUUGCAAUCAUUGAAGGGAAGAUGAAUUCCCAAGUAUAUCAGACAAUUCUUCAGGAUAAUGUGAGAAUGUCUGUAUGUCAGUUGAAACUGUGUAGAAUCUGGGUGAUGCAACAGGACAACGACCCAAAAUACCGGAGCAAGUCCACAACAGAAUGGCUUCAGAAAAACAAAAUCCGCCUUUUGGAAUGGUGAAGUCAGAGCCCAGACCUCAAUCCAAUAGAGAUGCCAUGGAAUAAUUUGAAGAGAUCCAUACACAUAUGACGAAAGAAUAUGUGAAUAUGACGGACCUAAAGCAGUUCUGCCAGGAAGAAUGGGCUAAAAUUCCUCCUGAACGAUGUGCAGGUCUGAUCCACAGCUACAGGAAGCGCCUGGUUGAGGUUAUUGCUGCCGGGGGGUCAACCAGUUAUUAAUUCUAAGGGUUCACUUACUUUUUCCACUGCCAUUUUGAAUGUUGAAUGAGUGUGUUCAAUAAAGACAUGAGGGAGCAGAAUUUAUUUUGUGUUAUUAUUUUAGACACAUCAUAUUUUAGACACAUCAAGUCAAUACCCUUGACUUAGAUGAAGAUCAGAUCACAUUUUAUGACAAAUUUAUUCAGAAAACCAUGAAAUUCCAAAAGUUUCACAUACUUUUUCUUGCCACUGUACUGUGGCAACUUUAACCCUCUUACCCCUAAGUUCCCACAGUAUUAUGUCCCAUAACCCUAUAUUCCCCAGAGAAACCGCACGCCUACCCUGAGUUCAUGGGCCAAAAUCAACAUUUUAAUUUUAACAUUUUUAGGUUUGAAACAACUUAUAAUAAUGUAUUUGUGUAAUCUUACUUUGAAAAUGAAGCAGUUCAGUGUUUUUACUAAACUUAGAGCACAAUUCUUAACUAGACAAAUUACGAAAAAUGCUCGCUAAAAUCCUUAUACUCAUUUAGAAGUACCAUACGAGCAUCAGCGUGGUCAAUGCCUUUGAAUAAAUUCAAGUACAUAAAUAGUUUCUGGUGAUAAUCAGACCAGCAGGUAGUGUUUUCAUGAAUGCACAGAGAUGGUCAGGUUAUGACUCCAGACCCCUGCAGUGUCAGUCGCACUGGUUGAUACUGAAGAUGAAGACGGAUCAGGGUCUGAAUCAGGCGAGUUUGGGUCACUAUAAGUUUCGGUUUCAACAUCGUCUGAACUUUCAUUGCUGUCACUAUCUAGAAUCCUCGCUCUCACCUGCGUAACUGUGUAUGUUUUCUUUUUUUUCCACUGUUUUAGAUGUACCUGUGUUCACUGUAGGUGUAACUUUAGCUGGAACACGAUUAGCUUUUUGCUUUGGCAUUUUUAUUUCACUUCUACUAUUACACCAAUAUUCACGCUUGGAUCAGCUUCAUCGUAAUGCCGACGUAAUCACGUUGUAACGUCAUGACGUCAUCAACCUUCCGGGUCAGAAAAUAAUAAUUAAAUAAGUAAGGAAUCAUAACAGAGUAAUGCUGGUAUACCAGCCUUACGGGGAUAACGUUUACACUGUAAAGCCGCUAUAUCGGCCUUACGGGGAUUUGGCAUAGACGACCAAGCCGGUAUUUCUUCCUUACAAGAAUAGAUCAAAGAUGGGCAAGCCAGUUUUUCGGCAUACGAGGUAAGAGGGUUAAGAAAUCAUUAACCAGCAGAAAAAAACACUUAGGCUUUCAUCUUGGUAAAAACAGUCAGUUUGCCAAAAGAUGUCUAAUACCAUCAAUCCAUCCAUCCAUCUUCUACACCGCUUAUCCUUUUCAGGGUCACGGGGAAACCUGAAGCCUAUCCCAGGGAGCAUCGGGCACAAGGCGGGGUACACCCUGGACAGGGUGCCAGUCAAUCGCAGUGGAUGUCUAAUACCUUGCUAGUGAAAUGUGAUUUCCUCACACAGGCUUUGAUCAAGUUGUUGGAUAACUAAGCAAAAUAGAUACAAGCUGAAUUGAUUCAGUUUGUAAUCAGAUAUUGGCGCUCAGAUUACUAUGAUGCUCCUGCACUGGAGUCGAAAUAAAGUAUUUAAAUGUAAUUUUUCUCCCUUUUAGAAACUUUUUUUAACUAUAUAUAAAAGUACUUGCACACGUAUCAAAAUAGCUUUAUUUAUAACAUUUCGGUCCCAUGACCUUCACCAGGCAUAUACAUUCUGUUCAACUCUCUCCCAUUUAAAAUCAACAGGUGAACAAUAUGACGCUUAGUGGUUAGCACGUUCGCCUCGCACCGCCAGGGUCGGGGGUUCGAUUCCCACUAUGGCCCUGUGUGUGCGGAGUUUGCAUGUUCUCCCCGUGCUGCAGGGGUUUCCUCCGGGUACUUCGGUACUACAAAGACAUGCAUGGUAGGCAGAUUGGCACGUCUAAAGUGUCCAUAGUAUAUGGAUGGGUGUGAGAGUGUGUAUGUGAUUGUGCCCUGCGAUGGACUGGCACCCUGUCCAGGGUCGUGCCCGAUGCCCUGUCCACCUUGUGCCCAAUGCACCCUGGGAUAGGCUCCAUGUUCCCUGUGACCCUGAAAAGGAUAAGCGAUACAAGUGAUACAGAAAUGCUGUCACAGAGAUGAGAGUUAUUUUGGAUUGUUACUCUUCAGACUUUAUCAACAGGGGCGCACAGCGGCCUCACACCGCCAGGGUUGGGGGUUCGAUUCCCACCUUGGCCCUGUGUGUGCGGAGUUUGCAUGUUCUCCCCAUGCAGCGGGUACUCCGGUUUCCUCCCCAGUCCAAAGACAUGCGUGGUAGGCGGAUUCACAUUUCCAAAGUGUCCGGAGUGUAUGAAUAAGUGUGUGAAUGUGUGUGCAAGGAAGGGCAGCGUUCAGGAUCAUACUGCUGAGUGGCUAAUCCUUCCACCACGAUGGUUCCACUAUGAAGUGGAACCCCAAAUGUGAUGCAAUAGAGUUAUGUAAUUUUGAAAUUUUUGAUGGAACCCUUUUAUAUGAUGUGGUUACAAUUAUGUAUUAUUGCAGUGAUUGGUCAUCUGUUGAUUUUAAAUGUGUGUUGAACAGAUUGUUUGUUUAUGCCUGAUGAAGGUCAUGGGACUGAAACGUUGUGAAUAAAGCUAUUCUGAUACGUGUGCAAGUACUUUUAGUGUGCGGGAUUUUUUUAGUUUUUGAUUUUUGACUUGGUCUGUGGUCUUUUUUCGUAUGCACCUAUCUAAUCACCUGCAGGUGUGUGAGGAUAAUUGUUGACUGAAUACUAAUAUAAAAAUAGGAAAUGUCACCAGGUGAAGGGUAGACAACUGGGAUUGAGUUACUCACGACAGCUAUGGAUGGGUCGAGCUCACAGAUGUGCAUGCGACACGGUGGGUGCUGGCAGUGAUAAGAGUCAUCCUGAAUCUCUCCGUUUUCAAACGGCUCCACAGCCGGCUGAGUUGUAUGGGGGUCCAGGUAUAUGAGCUCCUCACC